AUGUCGGCCAACUCCAUCAAGCUCUUGACUGGCAACAGUCACCCGGAACUCGCCAACCUAGUUGCUGACCGGCUCGGCAUUGAGUUGACCAAGAUUAUGGUCCUGCAAUACUCCAACCAAGAAACCAGUGUCACAAUCGGAGAGAGCGUGCGGGAUGAAGAUGUCUUCAUUCUCCAAUCUACGAAACCCAACGAUAUCAACGAUGGACUUAUGGAGCUCCUGAUCAUGAUCAACGCUUGCAAGACUGCCUCGGCCCGCCGCAUCACAGCCGUCAUCCCCAACUUCCCUUAUGCCCGCCAAGAUAAGAAGGACAAGAGCCGUGCUCCCAUCACCGCUAAGCUGAUGGCGAACAUGCUCCAGACCGCUGGCUGCAACCACGUCAUCACCAUGGAUUUGCACGCCAGCCAGAUCCAGGGCUUCUUCAACGUCCCCGUCGACAACCUGUACGCCGAGCCCAGCAUGCUCAAGUAUAUCCGUGAGAACCUCGAUGUCAGCAACUGUGUCAUCGUCAGCCCUGAUGCUGGUGGUGCUAAGCGUGCUACUGCCAUCGCUGAUCGCCUGGAUUUGCAAUUCGCGCUUAUUCACAAGGAACGUGCCCGCCCCAAUGAGGUUUCGCGCAUGGUCCUUGUCGGUAAUGUCAAGGACAAGGUCGCUAUCAUUGUCGACGAUAUGGCCGAUACCUGCGGCACGCUCGCCAAGGCUGCCGAAACCGUCAUGCAGCACGGUGCCACCGAAGUCAACGCCAUCGUUGUACACGGAAUUCUGUCCGGCAAGGCGAUCGAGAACUUGAACGGUAGCUGUCUCAAGCGCAUUAUCGUCAGCAACACCGUCCCAUUGGGCGACAAGCAAGAGCAGUGCGACAAGAUCCAUACGAUCGAUAUCAGCCCUACGUUGGCAGAGGCAUGCCGUCGUACACACAACGGCGAGUCAGUUAGCUUCUUGUUCUCGCACACUGUGGGAUAA